UCAAUUUUGAAGUUCUAAGUUCUAACCCUUUGCUUCAAUUGAAGUGUGACCAUGAGUACUCUCUCUGAAGCCUAUGAAGACCUCCCUCUUGAUCUCCAGCAUAUCAAACCCGUAGACUUUGCUUCUCUCCGAGCUGUGCCUGACUCGCAUGUUUGGCAUGAUUCAUCAUUUGGGGCCUGCUCCGAUGAGCAUGAAAACUCGUUGGUGCCUGUGAUCGACCUCGAGGAUUCCAAUGCCACAGAGCUUAUAGGCCAAGCAUGUGAGACAUUGGGUGUGUUCCAAUUGAAGAACCAUGGGAUACCCUUGAGUCUUAUAGAGGCGGUAGAGUCCGAGGCUGCAAGGUUCUUUGCUCUGUCGGCUCGACAAAAAUUGAAGGCCCUACGGUCUCCUGGUGGGGCCACCGGAUACGGCAUAGCUCGAAUAGCGCCAUUCUUUUCCAAGUAUAUGUGGCAUGAAGGUUUUACCAUCAUGGGUUCUCCUGUUGAUCAUGUUAAGGAACUUUGGCCCCAUGACCAUGAAAGGUUUUGUGAUGUAAUGGAAGAUUAUCAGAAGAAAAUGAAGGUUUUGGCGGAGCGAUUAACCCGCCUAAUCUUCAAGUCCUUGAACAUCUCUGAUGAAGAAAUAAGCUGGCUAAGUUCAACCAGCAAUGACUCUGGAAGUACUAGUCGUGUCAGCGCAGCUUUACAGCUAAAUUCCUAUCCCCCAUGUCCAGAACCAAACCAAACCAUGGGUCUAGCCCCUCACACCGACACUUUCCUCUUGACUAUCCUCCACCAAACUCAAACAAACGGCCUCCAAAUCUUCAAAGACGGAGUCGGAUGGCUUCCAGUUCCUCCAGUUGAAGGUGCACUCGUGGUUAACAUGGGUGAUCUCUUCCAUAUCCUCACCAAUGCACGAUUUACAAACGUUCUUCAUCGUGUCGUCGUCAGUGGAACCCAGCAACGCUUGUCCACUGCCUACUUCUACGGCCCUCCUAUUGAUUUCAUUCUUUCUCCUUUCUCUAAAGUUUUGAACUCAGCUCAAGCUCCUCAUUACCGCUCUGUUGCAGUGAAAGAGUAUGUUGCUAUCAAGGCCCAGAAUCUUGAGAAAGCACUUUCGUUUAUUAGAGCUUAAGGAGAUUGAUUUUUUUCCCACCAAUAAUGAGAUUAUGGGUUCUGUUAGAUGGCAAAGUGGCUGUCUUAAGUUUGACUAGAAGUUCCCUAUUUCAAGUCCGGAUAUCAGCACUUUGAAAAAACUCCCUGGAC